AUGCAUGUACGAACUCUUGUGACGAUCUACGCAACGCUCGCGGCCUCUCCCGCUCUAUCACAGCAGAUCUUUGACGUCUGGACGACGACUUGGGACCGCACCCAGCUGCUCAACUACGAAAACCUCUCCCCAAAUCCCGUAAACUUCGUCGCUGCUACUGGCACAGAUGACGGCGACAUAACUAUCGACGAUGGCACCGUCCAUCAACGCAUGGCCGGAUUCGGAGCUAGUCUGACCGACUCCUCCGCGCUCCUCUUGAGCAAGUUGAAAGACAAGAACGCUGGCAACUACUGGUCGCUCUUGGGCAAGUUGUUCGAUCCUACCAACGGCGCAAACGCCGCGGGCCUGACUUAUCUGCGCGUCCCUCUCGGCGCGUCCGAUUUCUCUGCGAACGUAUACAGCUUCGACGACGUCGAUGGCGACACGCACCUCAAUAACUUCGACAUCGGCAAGGCACCUUCGUACCUGUUUUCUACCAUCAGGGACAUCCAGGGCAUCAACCCGUACCUGAGGGUACAUAUCUUGCCAUGGUCCCCCCCCGGUUGGAUGAAGGAUAGCGGAACGAUGAAGGGCGGAAGCUUGGUGUCGGGAUACACAACCGUUUACGCGAACUACCUGCUCAAAUGCCUGCAAGGCUUCCAGAGUCGCGGUAUCUUCGCAUGGGCCAUCGGUAUUCAGAACGAGCCGCAGCACAGCGACACCACAUACCCGUCGACCUCUAUGACCGCAUACCAAGAGGCGCAGAUUGGCGCCGCCCUGCGUUCGCUCAUGGACGCCAACGGGUUUGCAAGCGUGCGUCUGAUCGGAUACGAGCACAAUUGGGAUGACGCCGGUGACUACCCUAUCAAGCUUACGGAAGAUGCGGAGAGCGCGUUCUCCGGGGUCGCGUUCCACUGCUACGAGGGCGACGUCGCGCAGCAAAACACGUUCCUGAACUCGUUCCCCGACAAGGAGGUGUACCUGACCGAGUGCACGGGCGUCGACGGCACCGACUGGUGGGAGGACAUCAAGUGGUACAUGGACAACCUCUUCAUCGGCUCGGUGAACCGCGGUUCGUCUAGCGGCCUUAUGUGGAACCUCGCGCUCGACGGAAACGGUGCCCCGAAGCUGCCUGGGACGGCCAGCUGCAGCACCGCCUGCCGCGCUGUCGUCACCGUGAACUCGGACGGCAGCUACACGCUGAACCAAGAAUUCUACUCCAUGGCGCAGGCCAGCAAGGCCAUCCUGCCGCGGGACACGAACGGGCCGUUCGCGCAGCGCAUCGGGUCCUCCGUCGGCGGCGGCCUCUCGGGCGACCUCCAGGUCACGGCGUACGUGACCGACCGCGACAACUCGUCCGACUGGCGGCGCUACAGCCUCGUCGUCCUGAACUGGAACGACCAGAAGAGCGGGAGCUUCAGCCCGAGCUCGGUCCAGGCGACGAUUGGCUUCCGAGGCCGGCUGGCGACGUACACGUUCCCGGUGGGCGUGACGACCCUGUGGUGGUAUGCGCAGUGAAUUACACGACCACAAACAUGACGACCAAGUACACUUCGUACGACUCAACGGACCUAAUGGACCCCUCACGAACCAUUAUGUAUGAACAUACCCCCAUAGAUGCCGGGUACGUACAAGUAUGGUGCUUCAUAGAUGCGAGGAUGUAUCCAUACCCAGUGAUUGGUUCGCAAUACCAUAUGCCUUCAUGUUU